AGGAAAAAAAGGCCACAGUGGGGGUGGAGGAAAACGAGGAAGGAAGACCACUGACUGCUAAAAAUCCAUUCAGUGGUUUUCAGAGGCAAGGUGUCACAGUCAUGGGGACAUGAGUGAAAACGGAAGUGGGGAGGUGAGGUUCGACAAGACCAAAGGAGUGCAUAUGAGCCUGGAGAGCUCAUUCGACGUGGGACCCCCCACCUGAGAGCAAGAAAGAGCUUGUGUCCUGAGGACAGUGAGACCAAGGACGCCAGCAGAAUCAAAAUUUGCUUCGAGUUCCUGGGGCUGUGGACAACGUGCAAGAUGCUGACGGCAGCCGGCGGAGGCUGCUGUGCCCUGGCCGUCCUGCUGGUGAUUGUGGACAUCCACCCUGGUGGAUGCCUACACAUCAUCAGCUCAGCCUCCCAGGAAGGAAAGCAACUAAACUUAAUCUGUACCGUGUGGCAUAAGAAAGAAGAGGCCGAGGGCUUUAUAAUCUACUUGUGCAAAAACAGGCCUGGGGACUGUUCCCCUGAGACCAGCUUGAUGCAGCUGAGACUUAAACGAGACUCGGGAAUAGAUGGUCGCAGUGAACAGCCAUCUCAGCUGGUGUUCACCAUACACCAAGUCACACCAUCCGACAAAGGGACUUACCAGUGUUGUGCCAGAAACCAGAUGACAGACGUUCUCCUUCAGGGACACUUUUUCUCUGUCCUAGUCACAGAGGACGGGAACUACACCGUGGAGGGACUGAGACAAGGACAACCACCCAAGUUCACCCACAGGACAGGCACUCUCAGUGCAGGCUUCCGACUAGGAAACGUCUGGGCAGUGCUGCUCACCAGCCUGGUGGCCCUUCGAGCUCUGUAAUACUGCAACAAAAGAAAACUUUACAAAGUUACAGCAAGGAUACAUCUGACUAUUUAGCUGGGUUUGCUUUCUCUUUACAAUACACAGAAGAAACAGGGUUUGAGGAAGCGAGGCCAAAUAAGCCAAGAAGCUGGUGGAUACAAACCUGGGCAGAAAAGAAUAUUCCUUGGCCUCUCAUCAUGGCCAGGACAAACCUGCCUUUUUCCUAGCUCAGCAGCAGUAAAUAAAAAGCUUUCACAAAAACGGCUGUACAGUUCUCAAAUAUUGGACGUGCGUUUUGUAUCCCAGAACUUUCCCUCUGUUCCCCUCGACAUAAAAAUAAGGAAGUCAAAUGACAUUUUCUGGAAGGAGUUUAUUAUUGAACACUGUAAAGGAAAGAGGAAAGGAGAGGAGAGCAAGAGAGCCAGAACCAGUGACUGACUUGGCUUGAAAAUGAGGAAACGGGGGACCAGCAGAUGGCAUAAUGGUCACGCCGAAUUCCCAUGUAGUUGACCACAGUGUGAGUC